UGCUUUCUAAAGCACAAGGAAUAGGCUCCAGCUCAGUCAAACUUCGAGGAGGUACUCUGUUUAUGAAUGUUGGGAAAUUGGAGAAGCAAGAAGAAGAUCUUAGACAAACACCUCAUGUGAACAUCAAUCCCUUCACUCCCGAUUCCAUGUUCCUUCACAACUCUGAAGGAAAAUGUCGUAGGAGGAAGAGAACACACUGGAAUGACUCUUGUGGAGAAGACAUGGAGGCAAGUGAUGGAGAGCUUGAAAAUGAGACUAUUAGACCAGCUAAGAGGAUAACAAUAACAGAAAGUAAUAUGAAGUCACGGUAUGCAACUGAAUUUCAUGAGUUGGAGAAGAUUGGAUCUGGUGAAUUCGGUUCUGUGUUUAAAUGUGUGAAGAGGCUUGAUGGCUGUAUCUAUGCAAUAAAGCGAUCAAAGAAACCCUUAGCUGGCUCAGUGGAUGAGCAAAAUGCUUUAAGAGAGGUCUAUGCACAUGCAGUUCUGGGACAGCAUUCUCAUGUAGUAAGAUACUACUCUGCGUGGGCAGAAGAUGAUCAUAUGCUUAUACAGAAUGAAUAUUGCAAUGGCGGCAGUUUAGCAGAUGCUAUAAGUGAAAAUUACAGGAAUAUGCGUUAUUUUACUGAACCAGAACUGAAGGACCUGCUACUUCAAGUGGCUCGAGGCUUAAAGUACAUUCAUUCAAUGUCACUGGUACACAUGGAUAUCAAACCUAGUAAUAUUUUCAUAUCUAGGACAUCAGUCCCAAGUACAACUUCAGAAGAAGGUGAUGAUGAUGACUGGUCACCUGAUAGAGUCAUAUUUAAAAUAGGUGACCUUGGUCAUGUAACUCGAGUAUCUAGUCCACAAGUGGAGGAAGGUGAUAGCCGUUUUCUUGCAAAUGAAGUCCUACAAGAGAACUACACUCAUUUGCCAAAAGCAGAUAUUUUUGCUCUUGCUCUGACUGUUGUCUGUGCUGCUGGGGCUGAACCACUUCCAUCUAAUGGGGACCAAUGGCAUGAAAUUCGGCAAGGAAAACUACCUAGACUACCACAAGUGCUUUCCCAAGAAUUACUGGACUUACUAAAAGUUAUGAUUAAUCCUGAUCCAGAGAAAAGGCCUUCAGCUGUGGCACUAGUCAAGCAUUCAGUGCUCCUCUCUGCCGCAAAAAAGAGCGCAGAGCAGCUCCGGAUAGAACUGAAUGCUGAAAAAUUCAAAAACUCGCUCUUGCAGAAAGAGCUGAAGAAGGCACAGAUGGCAAAGGCCGCAGCUGAGGAGCGAGCACUGUUCACUGACAGAAUGACAACUAGAUCUACGACACAAAAUAGACCAUCUCGACUCAUCGUCCGCUCAGUUAGUCUUACUAUAUACUAACUAUGAAGUCUAAAAGAACUACUGAGAAUGGCUUAUUAGCAUCUCUGAUGGACUGAAGCCUAGGGAAUUGAAGAAAGUGUUCAAUUCCUGGUUUCUUGUCCCGUCUUUGAUCAGUAUCACUAGGUUUUACAGGAAUUGCUUCUGGGUUUUUACGUGUAAAGUAUGGCUGAUGAGCUGUAUUAACCGUUUGAGUGAAUGGACUCGCUUACUAUCUUGUCUGUAGAGGAUCCGGGAUGUUAAUCCAUAGCCCUUUCGGUUACACUGUUAGAUGUUACAUUGUCCCAGGGUUAACCACUAUAGUGGUGUGUGCUGCUUUGUAGUGUUACUGCAUUGUAAUAAGAAGUAAUAUCCCUCAUGAUCUUUAAGACCGAGGGAAAGGGCCUUGCUUUGGUAGUUACUGAUUUUUUUUUUUUGGAGCAGAGGGGAAUAAAAUUUUGAAAGACAGGCUUUAAGGCCAUCUACACUCAACGUACCUGAUGUCAGGUAGACUUUUAUUGUGAAUUUUAUUUGUAUAUUCAACUGGGAGCACUUUGUAGGCAUUGCAUAAACCACAGAUUAGAAACCUGUGGAAUUAAGUGCCAUGUGGAACUGCUGCUAUUUUUAGUUUGUUGUCCUCUCUGUAAACUGUAGCAUUAAAACAAUCAUUAUUGUGUUAAUAGGCUUGUUAAAACAAUUACAUGAAACAAAUCUAAGCUGCAUUUUAGUGAAGGCAGCAUUUUUCUCUCAAAGCUAGUGCAUUGUGAAAUAAUGCACCAACUUAAUAUUUGGACUCUGUAUUAGUGUAGUGCAAUUGUUAAUGUCUUGGCUGUUGAUAUUUUGUAAUUCUUUCUAAUAAGGUUCUCUAAAUGUUGGUAUUCUCUUCAGUUGCCCGUUCUUGAGGCUAUUGUAUAUUUUUUUCAUGUUGGAGUACUUGUAAAUAAUUGUCUAGUGUAAGUGUUCAGGUUGUUCUUCAUUGUUAAUGUACAUAAGUUUGAUCGUGCUUAUAGUAUACUAUAAGGAAACUGCAGUCUGAGAUGCAAGCAAAGCUCAACUAUUCAGUUUUAAGUUCCAAAAUGAACAGAAUGUGGCUGUCAGAACCUGUACUGUUGUUGGACCUAGGCUGACAGAUGUUGCUAAAUACUAGAACUAUUCUAAUUACUGGCUUGUCUCUUCAUUAAUUUUAGUUUAAACAAAGUUUCCCAUUUGUGCUCUGUUUGUUCUUACUAGUGUUCAAUUUGAAUAUUAAAGUUAAAAGUUUUGUUU